AUGAAACCGUCUGGCUCACCAUGCCCACUUGAUCAAAUAUCUAUCAUCUGUUUUAAACGCUGUCCUUAUUUACGCUCGUACUUAACUGAGAUAAUCCACGCAGCCUGGUCUUGCGGUGUUGUCCCAUCCGAAUGGAAGAAAGCAUGCACGAUUCUAAUUCAUAAGAAAGCAGAAACAGCAAACCCAGCGAACUUUCGACCCAUUACUCUCGAAUCUGUCCCACUCAAAGUUUUCACAUCAUGUCUUCGCAACAGGACAUUUCAGUUUCUUGCAGAAAACAAUUACAUUGAACAGAACAUACAGAAAGGUUUCACUCCAAAACUCUCAGGAACACUAGAACACACAGCACAGUUGGCACAUAUCAUUAAUAAAGCGCGAGUAAAACAACGAUCACUUAUCAUAACACUAUUAGAUCUCAAAAAUGCAUUCGGCGAAGUCCACCAUAUCCUUAUUUAUGAAGUCCUUGAAUAUCACCACAUUCCAGAUCACAUAAAGAAUCUUGUCAGUAGCCUUUAUACUGAUUUCCAAGCUUCCAUAAUAACUGAACAGUUCAAUACUUCCUUCAUUACAGUCGGUCGUGGCGUCCUUCAAGGCGAUUGUCUCAGUCCUCUUUUAUUCAACAUGGCUUUCAAUACAUUUAUCCAACAUAUUAAAUCGGAAAAAUACCGUCAACUUGGAUUUUGGAAAUCCAGCGAAAACGGUACCCCAUUAAAUCCUCUUCAUUGGUUCCAGUUUGCCGACGACGCGGCUGUUGUUAGCGGCCAAGAAAACGAAAACCAAAUGCUCCUCAAUCGCUUUACAAUCUGGUGUCAGUGGGCUGAAAUGAUAAUACGUGUAGACAAAUGUUCAACAUUUGGCAUUAGGAAACAAUUAACCAAAUCCAUUCAAUAUCUCCCAAAACUAUUUGUAAAUAACUGUCUUGUACCACGUGUUGAACUUGGUAAAUCAUUUCGCUACUUAGGUCGUUAUUUUGACUUCAACAUGUCUGACGAAGACCACAAAUCUGAAGUAUAUGACACACUUACUAAUAUCCUGAAUGAAAUUGAUGAUCUACCAUUACAUCCGAAAAACAAAAUUCUCUUAUACAGUCGUUAUGUGCUUUCCAGAAUCUCCUGGCACUUCACUGUUUCUGACAUAGGCAAAACCUGGGACAACGAUAAACUAGAUAGUAUCGCGUCCACUUAUAUCCGAAAAUGGCUUGAACUGCCUAUUUCUGCAACCCUUAGUAACGUCCUACUUCCCCACAAUAAAUUAUGGAUUAAAUAUCAUUCUACCUUCAACCACAUUCCUUCAAUGCCAAACUGUUUCUCGGAAAGCCCUAAAGUCGUCGGCAAAUGA